CACACUCGUAAUUGACAUUUUUGAUAAGAAUAUUGUUUACAUGUUUUUUUAAUGAUAUUUUUACAUAAUUAUAAUUAUUAUUUUAUACAUAAUGAAACAAGUUUCUUCUGAAUACUUAUAUUACAUAGUUUUGCAACUGAAUAAAAUAAAUUCAAAAAUUAAGCGAAGAUGAAUUUACACCACCUGCGUGUCGUGAACUUUGAUCGAAACUCAAGUAAUAAUCGAGUGGCACCUAAAGCAAGAAAGGUUGCGUUAAAUAAGGAUCACCGUUCCAUUGAGAAUAAGCAAUGCACGAAACCUGAUGAAAAUUCAGUUCAACAAAAUGAAAAGAACAAAAGUGAACAGCAAAUAGUUGCAGAUGUAGCAAAAGAAUACAAACAUAGCCCAAGCAAAACAGAUGGAAAACCUGGAAAAGAUAUCGCUCCAAACACCUUGCCUUCAGUACGCACAUUGAGCUUAGAUGAUAUUGGAAAGAGGUUAAAGAAAUGUGAUUCACAUAAAAUAAAGCAAAAAUUUAAGAACAUAAGACUUAAAAAUGUCCGUUUAAAACAUAACAACACAGCAAAGCAAAGAGAACGCAAGGAGAGUCAAGAUGAUAUAAAAGUUUUGUACACUUCACAAAGGCUUACAGAGAAAAGUAGAAGAAAACCGGAUCGCAAAGUGAAUCUCGGUCCUAGCAGAGUAGAAGUCAAAAUACCAUCUAAUGACUUAUUUAGCACUUCAAGCGUAUCUAAAUUACGUAACAGUGUGUACUUGUAUUACCAGACAUGUAAAAACACGAGACCACUGUCAACUCGUAAAAAAAAUAACAGAGGCACGCAAUCCCAGCCUCAUAUUCAACGAUGUAGGUACCCUUUAGUAACUAAUAAUAGCAAACGAGAUGAAAUCUCUGAAAAACAUUACAAUUUAGUAGAUUUCUCAAAACAUUAUAAAUCAGAUAAUUAUACUCAAAAUAAUGAGAAUAAAUCUCCACAACCUUCAUAUGAAUUUGUAUGCAAAAACAAACACGAAGUACCUAACAUUAUAACAGUCCCAGUGGAUCGUGGAAAAAAGAAUCAGAUUAGUAAAGCAGUGGUUACUGAACCUGAAAGGAAACCUGUGAAUAAAUUUAAAGUUAAACUAGAUAAACAGUGCGCAUGUCGUAUUGAUAAAAAUAAACAAGAAAACUAUGUAGUUCAACAGUUUUUUAAAAUUCUCAAAACUUUUUUGAAAUAUUUUCUUUUUGGCCUUACUGUUAUUGCAUGGUCACCAUGCAUUAUUGUUGCUUUCUUGUGUUGGUUCCUUUUUUCCUCAUUGAUGCCUGAUGACGUGAAUGUUGAUAAAGUGGACCCAGCAUGUGCGAAAAAUGAAGAGGGAUUUUUCUCAAAAUUGGUGGAAUGGAUUACUCGAGUAAAUAAUAAAAUUAAAUUUACCUUUGAAGCGGUGAAAAACUCACUGAAUGCGGAUGAAGAAAUAAUUGAACCAUCCCCACAAUACAAUUCAGUUGGUACACAGAAACGACCUAAUAUAGGAAUAGAUUCUCAGCCAAAUCCGGAAAGAAAAUACAUUUUAUAUCAUACUCAACAGAAAGGGUGGUUAAUGAAACCCAUGCAAGGUGUAGCUAAACAUAAACAAUGUAAACCUGAAGUUUGUCCGAACAUAAUCCGUGAACAGCCUCGUAUUAAAAAAACCGUAUCUUUUUGGGAUACAAAGCAAUAUCAUAAAGAUAAAAAACAGAAAGCUGAAAGCAAAUAUAAGCAGACCGUUGCAACUGAUCCUAAAAGAAGUAACUCGUGUUCUUGUACACAUGAAAAACCAGCUGCGCCAGCACAUGUUUCAUGCCAAUGUUAUCCGUUUCCAAAAGCUUCAAAGAGGAUUAGGUGCCCUUUUGGGAAUUCAAAAGUUCAUCAAAGAAUAACAGGUCCACCUCCGUUAGUCCGGCAACGGUAUCCUCACAGGAAGUAUGUUUACUGUCCACAUCAAAAAUCUCUUGUGCACCAUCGACAAUUGUCGGAGAAAGUGAAGAAAACUGCUCGAGCACCUCUUCAAAAAUGUGAAUCGAUUCCAGCAAAAAUAAUUUGCAAGCCCCGGCAACGAACGCGAUCGCGUUCUAAAUCAGAUCGCAAACUGGAAUCAGUAAUUUCAAAGAAAAAAAAGAAGAAGCUUGCUAAUACUAGUAAAGUAUUUAGCCGAGUUAAAUAUCACUUCAAUUGCAUUAAAUGUGCUAUACAGCAGUCCGAUCAGUCUUGGGGCCAAGGACUUGAAUGCAGUAACCUUUAUAUAAGUACGUUGACCAAGAAACCUUGCUUUUGGGUGUACAAGGCAUGCCCAAAAUUAUACCCAUGUUUAUUAGCUACAUACAAAAUGUGUAAUAGUUGCUGUGUGGUUGUUUUGUUUAUUUGUUCAGCUUGUGUUUGGUGCCCAAUAUUUAUUUGCUGUUAUGCAUGUUAUGCUACAAUAUGUGACAUUUUGUGUUGCUGCUAAAAAGUAAACGGCUGAAGAGGCAUUGCAUAAAAUGCAUUUUUUUAAACGUAUCAGAGCAGGAGGGAAGUGAUAUUAAAAGAACUUGUUGAUUAA